GGUUUCUACAUUUGGGAGGGCUCCGGACUGCUCUGUACAACUAUAUUUUUGCCCGAAAACACCGAGGCAGCUUUAUCCUUCGACUGGAAGACACCGAUCAAAGCCGGGUGGUAUCGGCAGCCUCUCAAAGCAUAGAAGAUGCACUGGAGUGGGCAGGCCUGCCGCCAGAUGAGAGCCCUCGCCGGGGAGGCCCUGCUGCCCCUUACCAACAAUCCCUACGAUGUGACCUAUAUAAGAAAUACACAGACCUGCUUCUUGAGAAAGGGGCGGCCUACCACUGUUUCUGCACACCCCAGCGCCUGGAAUUAUUAAAGAAGGAAGCGCUGCGCAGACAACAAACUCCACGGUAUGACAACAGGUGUCGUCACCUAAACCCCAAGGAGGUUGCUGAGAAGGUGUCGCAAGGUGUUGACUAUGCGGUGCGUUUUCGCCUGGAAGAGCAGUCGGACCCUUUUUGCGACCUAAUCCAUGGGUGGAGCAGGCAUGAGGUGGCCAGUGUGGAAGGCGAUCCAGUGAUCUUGAAGAGCGAUGGCUUUCCAACCUAUCACCUGGCCAACGUGGUGGAUGAUCACCUGAUGGAGAUCAGCCAUGUUCUGCGGGGAGCUGAAUGGCUCACCUCCACUUCCAAACACCUCCUCCUCUACAGGGCCUUUGGCUGGGAGCCGCCUCAGUUUGGGCACCUCCCACUGCUCCUGAAUGAAGAUGGCAGCAAACUCUCCAAGAGACAAGGGCAUGUUUUUGUGGAGGAGUUUGCGCAAGAUGGCUACUUGCCGGGCACCCUCCUGGAUCUCAUGACACACACUGGCUCAGGGUUUGCAGAAAAUAGACUAGGACGAACGCUAAAGGAGCUGAUUGACGAGUUUGAUCUGAGCAGGGUGGAAAGGCACCCGGCCCUCCUGGAUUUGAAGAAACUACCAGAAUUCAACAGGGUUCACCUGGCCCAGCAGAUUGGAGAUGAGAGGCUCCGGCAGAAGCUUGUGGCUGAGGUCCAGGCCUCUGUGGAGGAAGUCUAUGGAAAGCAGCUUCCAGAGAGGGGGGUCCUUGAAAGGGGCUACAUCGAGCAGGUGCUCCUGCUAAGGAGGGGCCACAUUAGCCGCCUGAAGGACUUGGUGUCCCCCAGCUAUGCUUUCUUGUGGACCCGACCUUCUGUGCCUUCCGAGAAGCUGCAGGCUCUCUCCACUGAGGCGGACCAGAUAGGAAGGGUGGUCCUCAGGCUGCUGGAAGGGCCGGUGACUCAGAGACCUGAAGAACUUGGCCAGCAACUGAGGCAGCUGCACGAGCAGAUAAGUGGCACCAGGUACAGCAGCAUGAUGAAGCUCCUCCGCCUCUCCCUCAGUGGCCUGCAGGACGGGCCCAGUGUUGCUGAGAUGAUGAUCCUGUUGGGACCCAAGGAGACCAGCAUUCGCAUUCAGGGGGUCCUGUGCAGCCAACCUGCUCCAUGAGGGGAAAGAAGCAAAGAAAGGACUUCUAGAGCAUGGUGGAGCUGGGGAAAACACUUCCCGGGCUUGGGGGCACGCACAGAGAGCGUUUUCUGGUUUUAUAGCAGCAUGUCCCGGUGUUGAUGAAUGCCAGGUUCAAAUUUGGUAGAAAAGGGAAAAAUAUUAGCUGGAUCUAAGGCCCUGUUGAAAUUAGAUACGGAUGAGCCCGCUCAUGCUGUUUGGCAUUCCUCCUUUUGUAGCUCUGGGGAAAAGGAUCAAGGAUCAAUAUCUGAAAAAUAUGAUCCAUACGGGAGUUAGGAAUUUUGGAUUUUAACCCUCUUGCUUUAGUUAAGCCUAAACUUUCCUAAUCUGGAUGGAAGUCCAAGCUCAGCACUUUAGGCUGCAUGUCUUUGCCAAGAACAAUUGACUUACCAGGCUGGAUCCUUCCU